UCAUACGCAUUAAAAACGGGAACUCCUUCCAAAUCUCCCCAAUCAUCACUUCACACGACCACAUAUUCAAUAUUCCACCAUGUCCAGUAUAUUAGGAUUCGAGAAGAAUAUAUCGUACUUCACGAUCCCUAUUGCACUCAUCCUUCCUCUCUGCGCCCGAUUCUACUCAGGACUAUCUGGACCAGGCGCCAAACUCUUUGAUCGACUAAACCCAAGAGGCUUCACCGAGACACUCCAAAAAGCGGAUUUAAAUGAAGAUCUCCGUGGCCGUCUCCUCCGUGCCGAAGCAUGCUCAGCAAACGGCUUUGAGGUCCUGCCCGUCUUUGCGGCGGCCGUAACGGCGGGGAAUUCUUCAGGCGUGUCUGCGCAAACGAUGAAUUUGCUUACCAUUGGUUGGGUGCUGAGUCGGGUGGUUUAUUCCUAUGUGUAUAUCUUCUACCAAGGGAGGGAGAAACUGGAGUUUGGACAGGCACCAUUGAGGUUUAAGGUGUGGUCUAUUGGCGCGGGGAUCUGCAUGACUAUGUUUGUUAUGGCUGGUCUAAAAGUAUGA